AUGGCAGAUUCCGAUGAAGAAUCCGAUCGCCGUCGUAGCCGUGACAAAUUUCGCCGUGAGCGUAGUGAUCACGAUGGACGUCGUCGUCCUGGUGAUAAACGAGAGCCAUUCGACGACCGAUCAGGUACUGUAGGUGUUGCAACGACUCGUGAAGAUAAUCGUUUGUCAGGUGAAGGUCGGAAUGACCGUGGACGAUCACCUGCAGAACCUCCUUACAAAAGACCUCGUAAAGAUAACAGUGAUGAUAAUAAACCAAGUUCAUACCAGCGAAAGGAUACCAAAAGUUCAAGUGUCUCGGAAUACGAUGGCAUGUACAGGCCUCCAGUAAUUCCAUUUAAACGGUUUCUUGAUCCUUUGGACGACUUGAUUACUGAAGAAGAGGCGUGUAGUAAAUACAAAGAAUACAAAGAAGGAUAUAUGAAGCGUCAUACCGAAGAGUUCUUUGAUGCACACAAAAAUGAGGAAUGGCUUCGUCUUCGUUAUCAUCCCGAUUACAUGAAUGAAAGAAAAGCCGCUCUUAGCGCAGCAGCCAAGCAUCGUCUAGAUGUUUUCAUGGAGCUUUUACAUAAAGGCUUUCUCGAAAAUCAGUCUGUUCAGAUGGACAAUAGUGAGAAUCUCAUAAAACUCAUGGAUGCCGUUGUUAUCAAACUUGAAGGUGGUUCUGAUGAAGACCUAAAGGUACUUGAAGAAUCUGAUCGUAAUAGAUUUUCAGACGAAGAAGUAGUACAUCAGUCCCAGUCUUCUGGACCUAUUUGUUGUGAAAAUAAAAGUGAAGGAGAGGCUGAGUCUGAUGAAGAUUUCGAACAUGAGAAGCCUAACACAGAACUUCCUAGAAAAGUGAUGCCAGAACCUCUUCACACUCCAGGUUCUACUGUGGAGUGUCGAACAACUAACCGACGUGCACGAACUGAGUCAAACAAGUCUGGUAGCUCAGCUCCUUCACAAAGUAGCCAGAGUAGCGAUAGUGACAGUGGUUCUUCAAGCGAUGACGAAGCUGAUGAAAGCGCCAAACCUAAAGCUGAAGUUGAGCAGAAGUGUAAUGAACUCGGUAAUAUUCAUGACGUUGCAAGGUCUGAAGUUGACGAAGAUGACGACGAUGUACCCACUCCUACAACUGCCGAGUCCCCAAGAGGAUGUAAAAAUGAAGACUCUUCUGUUUCUAUGAUCAUCGGCUCGGUAAAUGAUACACCUGUCAAACAUCCUAUUUUUGGAGAUCCUUCCAACGCUCCUCAGUCCAAGUGUGCAAAUCCACCAAGACUGCUACAUAAAACUGCCUCUAUAUUCUUCCGAGCGUUACCUCCAACUAUAAUGGAAAGCGAACUCAAAGAGCUUUGCGCUUCUCAACCUGGAUUCAUAAGAUUGGCUCUUUGGGAACCUGUUCCUGAACGUCGAUUUAUGCGACAUGCAUGGGCCACAUAUGAUCCUUCUGUUAACAUCAAAAAGAUAUGUUGGGCGUUAAAUACCAGUACUUUAUUACGCGAAAAACUUGAACUUCCAAACGGAGAAUUAGGUGCUACAGUCAAUCGUGAUUUAGCCCAGAGAGUUCGUCCUCUUACUCCUCUCACACGUCAUAAACCAGUUAUGCGACAAGAUUUACUCUUGGCUGCACAACUUGUCGCGCGUUUAGAUGCUAAACAUAAUCUAUGGAGUCAUUUGGAAAUUCCUGAUAGUACAAAUGAUUUGAAUACGAUUGGUAAGCUCAAAAUCAAUGGUGAUUCGGAAUUCAAGAAUAUUUGUGAUUAUACAGCUCUGGAAAUGGCUAUUAAGAGUAAAAAUCCAUUACUUAAAAAUCUGACAGACUAUCUUGUUGAUGAAGGUGGAAGUGAAGAAGAAGCACUUAUAGCGGAAACUCAAGCAGAGGGUGAAGGAUGUGACAAUAGUAGUAAUACUGUAGUUGGACGUGUUCACACUGUAACAUUGGAAUCCGAUCCUAAUUUGGCUCGUACUUUAGAUCUGUUAAUACUCUAUUUACGUAUUGUCCAUUCUAUGGAUUACUAUGCAGGAGCUAUCUAUCCCAUGGAGGAUCUUAUGCCUCAUCGAUGUGGAAUUCUUCAUGCAAGAGGUGACAGAGGAAUAAAUCCUGUUCCUGGUGCCCGUUCUAGUGGUCUGGCUUUCACUCAAAGAGAAAUUAAUGAUCACCUUCAGAAUUUCGCUUUGAAAUUGCGUACUCUUAUCGAGGUACCAAAAGAUUUAACUGAAGAGGAAAUGAAAAAGUUAGGUAUGCGAGAUCCUGAAAAAGCUGCAGAAGAAUUCGUCGAAGCUAAUAUUCAAAAAAGAACUGGCAAGAAAAAACCAUUUAAAGUUGUAUGGGUAUGUCCAUUAUCUGAUAAGAAAUUCCGUGAACCAAUUUUUGUUCGUAAACAUAUUUUCAAUAAACACAUGGACAAGGUAGAAGCAGCUAAAAAAGACAAUGCAAUAUUUUAUAAUAACUAUUUGAAAGAUCCUAGACGUCCAUCAUUACCAGAAGCUCCAUAUCAUUUGUUAAAUCAAUAUUAUCCAUCUUUAAGUUCGAAUUCAAAUAGUAAUAAUCAUACAUACAGAGGUAGAGGUUCUGGACGUGGUAAUACGGGUGGAAGUUAUCGUGGAUAUAGGAAUAAUUCACUUCUUUCAACAGCACCAAGUUAUGUACGGGGUACUGGAACUUUUCAGGACUAUUAUGAUGUGGCAGCUCAACAACAACAACACCAAGCUAUGGCGGCUGUAGCAGCAGCAGCUGCUGCCGCUUUAUAUCCAAACGCUGCGACAGCAGCUGAUUUGUAUGCAUUGGCUGCACAAGCAGGUGCACCUCGCACAGGUCUUGGAAUGUCUAGGUCGCGUGGUCAACGUGGUUCUUCACCAUCUCAUGAUUUCAAUCAUCGACCAUAUAGUAGUAGUAGUACAUUGGAUAAUCGCCGGAGACAGCCUACAAACUAUUCGACAAAUAGACGUCCAGUUGGUGGUGGUGGUGGUGGCGGUACCACAACCGGUGAACGAACAAUGAUAUCAUAUAAUGAUUUAGAUGAUCCUGGAAAUGAUGUGCUUUAA